AUGGCGAGCGCGCUCGUGCCGAAACGGCGACGGGUGGCGACGGAAAACGCGAUGACGAAGCUGAGUGGGAACGGGGAGUCGUGCGCACUGUUUAACUGUAACUAUUGCCAAAAGGACAUCUCGAACGUGGUGCGCGUACGGUGCGCGGAGUGCGCAAACGUGGAUCUGUGCACGGAGUGCUUCGCGGUCGGCGUGGAGCCGCACCCGCACAAGGCGUAUCAUCAGUAUCACGUCAUCGACAACAUGUCGUUUCCGCUGUUCACGCGAGAUUGGGGGGCUGACGAAGAGUUGUUAUUGCUGGAGGCAGUGGAGAUGUUCGGGUUGGGGAACUGGACCGAGGUGAGCGAACACGUCGGGACGAAGACGCGCGCGCAGUGUCACGCGCACUAUUUUGAAGUCUACGUCAAGUCUCCUUGCGCGCCGUUACCGGAUAUGUCGAAGAUUUUAGGAAAAGGCGUCGCGCGUAUGACAUCAGACGAGCUCAAAGCGGAGGCGGAGCAAAAGGCGAACGAAAAUAAGGAUGUGGAGGAGGAGGAGAAGCUUCUCGAAUCGCUUGCUAACCCGAACGCAGUGAAGACGGAGGGCAACGUGCAGGAACUCACAGGUUACAACAUCAAGCGCAAUGAGUUCGAUCCCGAAUACGACAUGGAUGCCGAACUUCCCCUGGCGGAGAUGGAAUUUCGCGAAAACGACACCGAAGAAGACGUCCAGAUGAAGCUGCGAAUGAUUGAAAUCUACAACAGCCGGCUUCAAGAACGAGCGAGAAGAAAACAAUUCAUUCUCGAACGCAAUCUGCUGAACGUGAAAAAGCAACAAAACGUGGAAAAGAAGCGUUCACAAUACGAGCGCGACUUACACGGCACCAUGCGUAUAUUUGCACGCUUUCUCACGAGUACCGAGUACGACGUCUUGCUCGAGGGUCUCGCCGCGGAGCACCGAAUCCGAACCCGCAUCACCGAACUGAAAGAGUACAGACGCAAUGGUAUUCAUACCAUCGCAGAGGGCGAGGAUUACGAUUUGGAGAAGCGUCGUCGUGAGACGGAGUUCGCUCGUCUACACGCGAUCGAGCAUCCAACUAGCAAGAACAUAGCCAGAGCGAACAAGUUCAUCGUGCGAGAUGCCACACAAAUCAAUGAGCAGUUGACUCGCAUGAACGACGAAGACAAGACGGUAUCCGUGAUCCCGACGCCUCGUACGUCGAGCUUAGGUCCUCGCCGUCGAAUGUACUUGUCACUUGAUCUCGCCGAUCUUCCAGGCGUAGACCUUUUGAACGACGACGAAAAGGAGUUGUGCAGGAGCUGUCGCUUAUUGCCUGUGCAGUAUCUCUCGAUGAAGGUGGAGUUGAUGCGAGAGGGUCUCAAGUCCGAAAAGCCGCUCAACAGAAAUCACGUUCGGAAUAUGUUCAAAGUAGACCCACUCAAGGCUAUUCGUGUGUAUGAGUUACUCCUACAGCACGGCUGGGUGUUGGAAGACGGCUUCGUGAACCCAGGUGAGGAUGAAGACUCCGAACCUGCGCCGAAAAAGUCAGCCAGCGCAGACGAGGAGGAAGACGAGGAGGACGAUGAAGUAGAUUACGAAACCGACGAUAACGACGAAGACGAGGACGAGGAAGACGACGAGGAAGAGGAUAGCGAGGAAGACGAUUAG